UGGUUCCAGUGGGUCUAUGGUUCAUUACACAAUGUUAACUCUGUGUUUGAGCCAGAAUGGUGUCAGUCUCAUAAACAUUGUGAAGGAGGAGUCGGGGCACGACUUGAAAGGCAGAGCGGAGCCGAUAGAAACACACCAGCGCUGCUCUGGACUGUAGAAUCCGUGAAUAAAAAAAUAACAAAAAAAUAAACGCAUGGCGUAUUAGGGGACUGGAACAAGAGAUGUUGUGAACAUUUCGUACAAGCCAACACUAGCUUACUAUAUUGUUAUUCAUUUCCCUGGGUCCAAAGUCUUUUUAGCCGUUGAGUUUCGGGACGCACUGUCUGUUGUUGCAGCAGCGGCAGCGUUUGUUCGGAGUCUGCGCUGGCGCCAUAUUGAACCGAAGCAGUACUGACUGACUGGCUGGGACUGAAACUGACAAGAGAUCAGAGCUAGAGAGAGCUGGGGGGCUGCUGCUGCUGCUGGUGACGCAUGAAAAACACCCGAGCAGACAAAAAGCCAAGAUAUUGAGAUCCCUUUUUACAAAAAAGGAUUCAGGCGAAAAAACCUGCGCACAAGGCUGGUGAAAAGUAACCCUGACUUUACUAAAUUAAAAAAUCUGGAGUAGUGGGGAAGAAAGAGAAGAGUCUAAUCUAAUUCAUGGUUAUGCAAUGGUCUCUGCAAAACAUCCUGUGCUUGAGGUGGUGCUUUCUUAUACAGACGUAUGCUGGUUCUCCAUUAUUGCUGAGGAGGCAAUAAUUUCUUCUCUUACGACAACAACAUAAGUGGACAAAAUUGCAAAGAUCUGCUCUGUGUCGAGUAUGACAGCCACGACCCGUGGCUCUCCCGUCGGAGGGAAUGACAGCCAGGGCCAGGCUCCAGACGGGCAGUCCCAGCCCCCUCUCCCACAAAACCAGACGUCCUCUCCUAACUCAUCGAAUGAGAACUCCCCAGUCAGCCCUCCGGACGAGCAGGGGCAGGGAGAUGGACCUCCUCAACUUGAGGAGGAGGAGCCUGCCUUCCCUCACACCGACCUGGCCAAGCUGGAUGACAUGAUCAACCGACCCCGAUGGGUUGUACCAGUUUUGCCAAAAGGUGAAUUAGAAGUUCUUCUUGAAGCUGCUAUAGAUCUUGGUAAAAAAGGACUUGAUGUAAAAUGUGAAGCGUGUCAGAGAUUUUUUCGAGAUGGCUUGACAAUUUCCUUUACAAAAAUCCUUACGGAUGAAGCUGUGAGUGGCUGGAAGUUUGAAAUUCAUAGAUGUAUUAUAAACAACACUCAUCGCCUGGUAGAACUUUGUGUGGCCAAGCUCUCCCAGGACUGGUUUCCUCUUCUUGAACUUCUUGCUAUGGCUUUAAAUCCUCACUGCAAGUUCCAUAUCUAUAAUGGUACACGUCCGUCAGAGACGGUGCCGGCUGGAGUGCAGUUAGCAGAAGAUGAGCUUUUUGCCCGUCCACCUGAUCCACGGUCACCAAAGGGCUGGUUAGUGGAUCUAAUAAACAAGUUUGGCACAUUAAACGGGUUUCAGAUCUUGCACGAUCGCUUUAUGAGUGGCCAAGCACUGAAUGUUCAGAUAAUUGCAGCCCUCAUCAAACCAUUUGGGCAAUGUUACGAAUUUUUAACACUGCACACGGUGAAGAAGUACUUCCUACCAGUAAUAGAAAUGGUUCCACAGUUUCUAGAAAACCUUACAGAUGAGGAGUUGAAAAAGGAAGCAAAGAAUGAAGCCAAAAACGAUGCUUUGUCUAUGAUAAUCAAAUCUUUGAAGAACUUAGCUUCACGGGUACCAGGGCAAGAAGAAACAGUGAAAAACUUAGAAAUUUUUAGGUUAAAAAUGAUUCUUAGGUUAUUACAAAUUUCUUCUUUUAACGGUAAAAUGAAUGCACUAAAUGAAGUUAAUAAGGUGAUAUCCAGUGUUUCCUAUUAUACACAUCGGCAUGGCAAUCCUGAAGAGGAGGAGUGGUUAACAGCAGAGCGGAUGGCAGAAUGGAUUCAGCAAAACAACAUCCUGUCCAUUGUACUGCGAGACAGUCUCCAUCAGCCCCAGUAUGUGGAGAAGCUGGAAAAAAUCCUCCGGUUUGUCAUCAAAGAAAAAGCUCUGACUCUUCAAGAUCUUGACAAUAUCUGGGCAGCACAGGCAGGUAAACAUGAAGCGAUUGUCAAGAACGUACAUGAUCUCCUUGCAAAGCUAGCAUGGGAUUUUUCUCCUGAGCAGCUUGACCAUCUCUUUGAUUGUUUCAAAACAAGUUGGACAAAUGCGAGUAAAAAGCAGCGAGAGAAGCUGUUGGAGUUGAUACGUCGCCUUGCGGAGGAUGACAAAGAUGGGGUCAUGGCUCAUAAGGUGUUAAAUCUUCUGUGGAAUUUGGCACACAGCGAUGAUGUACCUGUCGAUAUCAUGGACCAGGCUCUCAGUGCCCAUAUUAAAAUACUGGAUUACAGCUGUUCACAGGACAGAGACACACAGAAGAUUCAGUGGAUAGAUCGCUUCAUUGAAGAGCUCCGUACCAAUGACAAAUGGGUCAUUCCAGCACUCAAGCAAAUCCGAGAAAUUUGUAGCUUAUUUGGAGAGGCUCCACAGAACUUGAGCCAAACACAACGAAGCCCACAUGUGUUUUAUCGACAUGACUUAAUUAACCAGCUUCAGCAUAAUCAUGCUCUAGUCACCUUGGUAGCAGAAAAUCUCUCCGCCUAUAUGGAAAGCAUGAGGCAGUAUGGCAAAGAGCAUGCAGAAUAUGACCCUCAAACCGUUAGAGCGGGAAGUCGAUACAGUCAUGUGCAAGAAGUCCAGGAAAGACUCAAUUUUUUAAGGUUUUUACUGAAAGAUGGACAGCUUUGGCUGUGUGCUCCGCAAGCCAAGCAGAUCUGGAAGUGUCUCGCUGAAAAUGCGGUCUUCCUGUGUGAUCGGGAAGCCUGUUUCAAGUGGUAUUCCAAGCUCAUGGGGGAUGAACCAGACCUGGACCCAGACAUCAACAAAGACUUCUUUGAAAACAAUGUGCUGCAGCUUGAUCCUUCCCUCCUCACGGAAAAUGGAAUGAAGUGCUUUGAACGUUUUUUCAAAGCUGUGAACUGCAGGGAAGGAAAGUUGGUUGCGAAGCGAAGGGCCUACAUGAUGGAUGACUUGGAGUUAAUAGGACUGGAUUACCUUUGGAGGGUUGUGAUUCAGGGAAGUGAUGACAUUGGCAGUAGAGCAAUAGAUUUGCUUAAAGAGAUAUACACAAAUCUUGGACCAAAAUUACAAGUUAACCAGGUAGAGAUUCAUGAAGACUUCAUCCAAUCCUGUUUUGACCGGUUGAAAGCCUCCUAUGACACAUUGUGUGUCUUGGAUGGUGACAAAGACAGCAUUAAUUGUGCCCGACAAGAAGCAAUUCGAAUGGUUCGAGUGCUGACUGUUUUAAGAGAGUACAUCAAUGAGUGUGACAGUGAUUAUCAUGAGGAAAGGACGAUUCUGCCUAUGUCAAGGGCUUUUCGUGGCAAACACAUUACGCUCAUAGUACGCUUCCCCAACCAAGGACGGCAGGUAGAUGAUUUAGAUAUUUGGUCCCACACGAAUGACACUAUUGGAUCAGUACGCCGGUGCAUCUUGACUCGAAUAAAGGCCAACAGCACACAUACAAAAAUCGAACUUUUCAUCGGUGGUGAACUUGUCGAUCCUGCAGAUGACCGGAAGUUAAUUGGACAGCUCAAUCUCAAAGACAAAACAUUAAUCACAGCCAAGCUUACACAGGUCAGCUCUAAUAUGCCUUCAAGUCCUGAUAGUUCCUCUGAUUCGUCAACUGGGUCUCCGGGGAACCAUGGUAACCACUUCAGUGAUGGACCGAACCCAGAAGUAGAAAGCUGUCUUCCUGGAGUGAUAAUGUCUCUGCAUCUGAGAUACAUCUCUUUCCUUUGGCAAGUUGCUGAUCUUGGCUGCAGUUUAAACAUGCCAUUGCUGAGAGAUGGUGCCCGUGUCCUCAUGAAGCUUAUGCCUCCUGAUAACACUACAGUAGAAAAGCUACGAGCUAUCUGCCUAGACCAUGCAAAACUUGGUGAAAAUAGCCUUAGCCCAAACCUGGACUCGCUCUUUUUUGGUCCUUCUCCUUCUCAAGUGCUGUACCUAACAGAGGUAGUGUAUGCCUUGUUAAUGCCUGCCAGUGGAACCCUUGGAGAAGAUGCCAGCGACUUCCAGUACAACUUCUUAAAAAGCGGUGGUCUUCCCCUUGUUCUGAGCAUGCUCACGAGAAAUAACUUCCUGCCAAAUGCAGAUGUGGAAACAAGACGGGGUGCCUACCUCAAUGCUCUAAAAAUAGCCAAAUUGUUACUAACAGCAGUUGGCUUUGGCCAUGUGAAGGCAGUGGCAGAAGCUUGUCAGCCGGUCGUAGAAGGAACAAGCCCUGCGUCACCGAUUAACCAGGCUACCCACGACCAGGCUAUAGUGCUACAGAAUGCUCUGCAAAACAUUCCCAAUCCAUCAUCGGAAUGUAUGCUGCGAAAUGUAGCGAUUCGACUUGCCCAGCAGAUAUCGGAUGAGGUUGGUGUAGUUUCCUCUCAGUUGGGAGGGGUUCAGAAUUUCUUCCAGGCUUCAAAAUACAUCCCAGACAUUUGUGUUAUCAGAGCUGUGCAGAAGAUAGUUUGGGCAUCAGGUUGUGGUACCGUGCAGUUUGUGUUCAGUUCAAAUGAAGAGAUUAGCAAGAUUUAUGAAAAGCUUUUACAGACAAAUGCAGGAAAUGAACCAGAUGCAGAAGAUGAACAGGUUUGCUGUGAAGCACUGGAAGUUAUGACUCUCUGCUUUGCCUUAAUCCCAACUGCGUUGGAUGCACUUAGUAAAGAGAAGGCAUGGCAGACCUUCAUAAUCGACUUGCUUUUGCACUGUCAGAGCAAGUCUGUUCGUCAGAUGGCUCAGGAACAGUUUUUUCUGAUGGCCACAAGGUGUUGCAUGGGACACCGGCCCCUGCUAUUCUUCAUAACUCUGCUUUUCACAGUUUUAGGGAGCACUGCAAAGGAAAGAGCUAAGCACGCUGGAGAUUACUUUACAUUGUUGAGGCACUUGCUAAACUACGCGUACAACAGCAACAUCAAUCUGCCAAAUGCUGAGGUCCUUCUCAACAAUGAAAUUGACUGGUUAAAAAGGAUUAGGGAUGAAGUAAAAAGAACUGAUGAGACCGGGGUAGAAGAAACUAUUCUGGAGGGCCAUAUAGGUGUCACAAAGGAAUUGCUAGCAUUCCAAACCCCAGAAAAGAAGUACUACAUUGGCUGUGAAAAAGGUGGUGCCAACCUCAUUAAGGAGUUGAUCGAUGACUUCAUAUUCCCAGCCUCCAACGUGUACCUGCAGUACAUGAAGAGUGGAGAAUUUCCAGCCGAGCAGGCCAUUCCAGUCUGCAGUACUCCGGCUACAAUCAAUGCCGGUUUUGAGCUACUGUUUGCACUAGCAGUGGGCUGUGUCCGAAACCUCAAGCAGAUUGUGGAUACGUUAACUGACAUGUACUAUUUAGGUUGUGAAACACUUACAGAAUGGGAAUACCUGCCACCUGUUGGGCCUCGGCCUCCCAAAGGGUUUGUGGGCUUGAAGAAUGCUGGAGCCACAUGCUACAUGAACUCGGUCAUUCAGCAGCUGUACAUGAUUCCACCUAUUAGAAAUGGCAUCCUGGCUAUUGAAGGCACAGGCAGUGAUGUUGAUGAUGACAUGUCUGGUGAUGAAAAGCAGGACAAUGAAACCAAUGUUGAUCCUCGGGAGGAGGUUUUUAGUUACCACCAUCAGUAUGAAGAUAAACCUUCACUGAAUAAAACUGAAGAUCGAAAGGAGUACAAUAUUGGGGUUCUGCGGCACCUGCAGGUUAUUUUUGGGCACUUGGCUGCCUCUAGGUUGCAGUACUAUGUGCCCAGGGGGUUCUGGAAGCAGUUUAGGUUGUGGGGUGAACCAGUGAAUCUGAGGGAGCAGCAUGAUGCAUUGGAAUUCUUUAACUCUUUGGUGGACAGUUUAGAUGAAGCUUUGAAAGCUCUUGGCCAUCCAGCUAUGCUAAGCAAAGUUCUUGGGGGUUCGUUUGCUGAUCAGAAGAUAUGUCAGGGUUGUCCUCACAGGUAUGAAUGUGAGGAAUCAUUUACAACAUUGAAUGUAGAUAUUAGAAACCAUCAAAACCUCCUGGACUCAAUGGAGCAGUAUGUCAAAGGAGACUUACUGGAGGGUGCCAAUGCCUAUCACUGUGAAAAGUGCAACAAAAAGGUGGACACAGUGAAACGUUUGCUCAUUAAGAAGUUGCCUCCGGUUCUUGCUAUCCAACUAAAGCGUUUUGACUAUGACUGGGAAAGGGAAUGUGCAAUCAAAUUCAAUGAUUACUUUGAAUUUCCACGAGAGCUUGACAUGGAGCCUUACACUGUGGCAGGUGUGGCUAAGCUGGAGGGGGAUGAUGUGAAUCCUGAAAACCAGGUCAUUCAAAAUGAACCCACAGAGAAUGAGCAGCCGGGGAGCACUAAAUACAGGCUGGUUGGUGUUCUUGUGCACAGCGGUCAGGCCAGUGGUGGACACUACUACUCCUACAUCAUUCAGAGAAAUGGUGGAGACGGGGAGAAAAACAGGUGGUAUAAGUUUGAUGAUGGAGAUGUGACAGAAUGCAAAAUGGACGACGACGAAGAGAUGAAAAACCAGUGCUUCGGGGGCGAGUACAUGGGGGAGGUUUUCGAUCACAUGAUGAAGCGCAUGUCCUACAGGCGCCAGAAAAGGUGGUGGAAUGCCUACAUACUUUUCUAUGAACGUAUGGACACGUUGGAGAAAGACAGUGAACUUGUCAAGUACAUUUCUGAGCUGGCAAUUACCACAAAACCCCACCAGAUAAAGAUGCCUGCUGUCAUUGAGCAAAGUGUACGGAAGCAGAAUGUGCAGUUCAUGCACAACCGUAUGCAGUACAGCCUGGAAUAUUUCCAGUUUAUAAAGAAACUUCUGACCUGUAACAGUGUCUAUCUAAACCCACCUCCAGGACAAGAUCAUCUUUUGCCUGAAGCAGAAGAAAUAGCUAUGAUUAGUGUUCAGCUUGCUGCUAGAUUUCUGUUUAGCACAGGAUUUCACACCAAGAAAUUAGUCCGUGGCCCUGCCAGUGAUUGGUAUGAUGCAUUGUGCAUCCUGCUCCGUCACAGCAAGAAUGUACGCUACUGGUUUGCACAUAAUGUCCUCUUUGCUUACCCAAACCGCUUCUCAGAGUACCUUCUUGAGUGCCCCAGUGCAGAAGUGAGGGGUGCAUUUGCUAAGCUCAUAGUAUUUAUUGCACAUUUCUCUUUGCAAGAUGGACCAUGCCCUUCACCAUUUGCCUCACCAGGACCCUCCAGCCAGGGCUGUGACAAUUUGAGCCUAAGUGACCACUUGUUGAGAGCGGUGUUAAACCUGCUUCGAAGGGAGGUUUCUGAGCAUGGCCGUCAUCUGCAGCAGUACUUCAAUCUCUUCGUCAUGUAUGCCAACCUGGGUGUAGCUGAAAAAACACAGUUGCUAAAAUUGAGUGUCCCUGCAACAUUUAUGCUUGUAGCUCUGGAUGAGGGACCAGGUCCUCCAAUCAAAUAUCAGUAUGCUGAACUGGGCAAAUUGUAUACAGUAGUGUCACAGCUAGUGCGCUGUUGCGAUGUAUCAUCGCGCAUGCAGUCUUCAAUAAAUGGUAAUCCACCACUUCCAAACCCCUACGGUGAUCCUAACCUGUCUCAGCCCAUCAUGCCACUCCAGCAGCUUGUAGCAGAAAUUAUGUUUGUACGCACUAGUUACGUAAAAAAGAUAAUUGAAGACUGCAGCAAUUCAGAAGAGACCGUUAAGCUCCUGCGCUUCAGCUGCUGGGAGAAUCCACAGUUCUCAUCCACUGUACUGAGUGAGCUUUUGUGGCAGGUGGCAUAUUCCUACACAUACGAGCUCCGGCCUUACCUGGAUCUGCUUUUGCAGAUAUUGUUAAUAGAGGAUUCCUGGCAGACUCAUAGGAUUCACAAUGUACUUAAGGGUAUUCCGGAUGACAGGGAUGGACUGUUUGACACCAUUCAGCGUUCUAAAAACCACUAUCAGAAGAGAGCAUACCAGUGUAUAAAAUGCAUGGUAGCUCUGUUCAGCAAUUGCUCUGUUGCUUAUCAGAUCCUACAGAGCAAUGGCGAUUUGAAGCGGAAGUGGACAUGGGCAGUUGAAUGGCUUGGAGAUGAACUAGAACGUAGGCCUUACACUGGAAAUCCUCAGUACACCUACAACAACUGGUCACCACCUGUACAGAGCAAUGAAACGUCAAAUGGCUACUUCUUGGAAAGGUCGCACAGUGCCAGGAUGACUCUAGCAAAAGCUUGUGAGCUCUGUCCAGAGGAGUGUCACUUAACGAAGCACGAGGUGGUGUCUGAAGAGGACGCAGCAAGGAAAUCGACCUCUCCACACCAGCUAUUGCCAGGGGAAGUGACAGGACAGCAACAGCAAACUGAGCCUGAUGAUCAGGAUGCCCCAGAUGACCAUGAUUCUUCCCCUCCAGAAGAUGCCCCUCUCUACCCUCACUCACCAGGCUCACAAUUUCAACAGAAUAACCAUACACAUGGUCAGCCGUACACAGGCCCAGCAGCACAGCACAUGAACAACCCUCAGCGUCCAGGUCAACGAGCACAAGAAAACUGGGAAGGCAGUGAAGAGGUUUCUCCAGCUCAGACGAAAGAAUAAAAACUGCACGUUCUCAUCUGAUUCGCUCCAUCGAGACAGUUGAAUUAAGUGCACGACCAGGCCUUACAGUUCAGCUAUUCUCCAGGUCCUUCUCGUUCAGAAUAAAACUAUUUCUAUUUAACCUGGAGUGGAGAGUCUAUUCACUGCCUGCCCUGCAGAAUAUUGCUGUCAAAAUAUAACCCGCCUGCAGUGGAAAGUGUAUAGUGUUGUAAGAAAACAGGCCUGAUGCUAAUGUGUAAAUGGCAAAGGUGUAUAUAGUAUGUUUAUGUUUGACUGUUAAAUUUCCUCAGCAAAACUGUCUGUUGCUGUAGGAGACUUGCAGAUCUAAACAACAAAAUAAAAAAAAAAAUCUUUUGCUUUAUCACCUGUGCUCAGCAGUGAAGGUUGUCUGCCUUACGGGGUCAGUUCUUUUUAGGAAAAGACAAAAAAAAGAAGAAAAAAAAGCCUAACCAUGUCAACCAUGUUAUGUUGAGACUGCUGCCAAAGUUGAUUUUACUAUGGGCUAUUAACUGGCUGGUAUAACCUUAUAAUAUUUGGUUGAUGUGGAAAAGUGGUGAUGUAACCUUGUUCUAGAUCUCUUCCAUUGCCUUUAUUUCAUUCUGGUAUUAGUUGAUUCAUUUUGAAGCGCUAGUUAAUAUGCUGUAACAUUUAGCAUGGCUUCACACCAGAUUAGUGUAGCCGAUGGGAAAUAUAUGAUCAUACAUGACAGCAGUUGUAGGCCCUGAUUUUAACUAAGAGCCUUUCCUGUUACACCUUGAUGGCUGUAAUUGGGAAAACAAAAAUAUAAGAAUAAGUGGCUUUUCAAUUGCACAUAUAUUCCUCAGAUUUAAUACUUGGCAGUCUGUUGGUGGGAUAAUAAACACAUAGUUUUCAGUAAUAGGAAUUUUAAAGACUUAAAUUUAAAAAAAAUAUAUGCAACAAUUUGCUAUGCCAGGAUGCCUGGAGCAUAAUAGACUGUAUUCGGUGUGCUUGUUUUAGUUUCAUUGGUAGAGCUUACAUUUAGAUUAACUUCUUAACACUUUCCUUCUACUGCAGUCCAGUGAAGGCUGAAGUCAGCAAAGAUGUUCUGAGUGCCUCCUACAAUGGAGUAACUCGCUUGGAUUUUGUUUCAUGCAGUCCUACUUGAAAGCAGGCAUUGUCUUAGAACUCUUCAUCCAUACAACAAAAAUAAGCAGGGUUGUAAUUAUAUGAAAUAACUGCUGGUUAGUCGAAUUGCAAAUUCUUAGAGGUAUCUUGAAUGCUAAUUAAGCAUCCUUCUUUAGGAUUUAAAGGAAAACACCAGUAAAUACUGUAUUUAAUUGGUAACUUGAAUGUGUGUAUUUUUUUGGAAUUUGUCUAAAAUACCAAAUACUCCUGCAAAAGAAAAGAUACAGCCCACCAUAUUAUAUUUAAAUAUUUUGCUGUUUUAUUUUAUAGAAAUUAUUUUGCUGAAUUUCACAAAUAGAAUUUGAUUUAAGAGGAACAUUUUUGUCCUUGUGUUAUUUUUAAAGAAAAUAUUGACUGUACAGAGUUCUGCGCCCAGUUUUGCCGACUUUUGUUUUGGCCAUGGUGUGACGUUGAAUUCUGGAGCUAGUCGCGAUGUGAACUUUCACUUUGUGAGGUUUUUGUGCACAGAAAUAUACUAAAAGCAUUGCGCCCCUUAGCAAGAAUAAAGAAAAUGGAAUAUUGACUCUGUAACUGUCUCGAAUUUUAUUUAUGCUGUAUUGUAAAUAUGUGGUGCACAGAUGAUAUGGGCGAAAACCACACAAAUGGCCUAUGAAGAUGCAUCAUUGUCCUCUACAGUACGUGCUGUACAUACUGCAGGGCUUUACAGUCAAGUUAAGGAAUGCUUCACCAAGAGGGAAUAUAGUUAAGAACCUGAAGGAUUUUCUGCAGGUGAUCACAGCUUUGUGUAGCAGCCUGGUUUUCCCCUAAAUUGUGAAAUAUUAAUUAAACUAAGGGCAAUUUUAUUUUUAAAACCUUGAACCAGGGUACAUGUAAAUGUUAAUGUUUUAUGUAUGCCUGUAAGGUCUUAGUAGUUUUUAAUUAAUGGUUGACAUUUUUUUUUUUUUUUUUUUUUUUUUAAGCUUUUGUGAAACAUGCAUGGAAAAUAGAAUCCCUUGAUUUGCCUUGGAGCACUGUACAAACCUAGCAAACUGUAAAAAUGUUCCUUUAAAAAAGCAAAAAUCUAAAUAAAUUACUAUUUGAAUUGUAAAAUGCAGUACAUGCUCCUCAACAGUCGUCCCGUUGGGACAGCGCUGGAAAUGAUAUGCUUAUGGCACCCUGGAGUGUUAAAUACAGGCGUGAGGUCCUUGAAAUGAAUGCAUGACAUUUCAUACUGGAAUUUAUCAGGACCUUUCUUCUUUUACACUGGGAUACGGGCACAUCUUGUCCACUUGUGAUACUUGCUUUAACAACAUACGUGUGGUCAUUUCUUUGUUGCAAGAAAUAUCGAGCCUACUAGUCUGUAAACCGACACUGACAAAGUCUGAUUUAAAAAACUUUUUUUUUUUUUUUUUUAAGAUUGACCUUUUAAGAUUUUUGUAUUAACCCUACUCUACAUUUUGUUGUUAACUACAUCCUCAUUUUUGGAGAAUGCAUUGAAAGAGGGAAUUAAAGAUUGUUCUUUUGAAUUUG